AGCAUGAUAUUUUACCUACUAGCUGCGAGGAACAGAUUUCUGAUCAUACUUUCAAUUGUUGAUUGAAGAACCAGAGAGCUUUAAUAGGGACAUCAUGGAACUUCUUUGGAUAGUUUUCUUCAUUUUUGACAUUAUUUUCAUCACAGACUGUGCUAGAGGUCCUCCACGUGUAGCAGAAAAGAUCGCCCACCGGCAGACUGUCAGAAUCGGUCGCACCAUGAAGCUUCAGUGUCCUGUGGAGGGUGAUCCGCCGCCCCUCAUCAUGUGGACCAAAGACGGACGAAACAUUCACAGUGGCUGGAUGCGCUUCAGGGUUCUUCAGCAAGCUCUCCGCAUCAAAGAGGUGGAGGCAGACGAUGCUGGGACGUUCAUUUGUAAAGCCACCAAUGGAUUCGGCAGUGUCAAUAUCAACUACACCCUCAUCGUCAUUGAUGACUCCAGCGCCGGGAGGGAAGGUGCCAGACCAGCUGGUGAAACCGAGUACUCCACUGACCUGACUGGAAAACUGGUGCGGCCUCGCUUCACUCAGCCAGCCAAAAUGAGAAAGCGUGUGAUUGCCCGCCCAGUGGGCAGCUCCGUGAGGCUCAAGUGCACAGCCAGCGGAAACCCCAGACCGGACAUCGUCUGGCUGAAGGACAGCAGGCCUCUUACACCCGAAGAAGUGGGCGAGGGACGGAAGAAGAAAUGGACUCUCAGCCUGAAGAACCUGACGCCCGAACACAGCGGCAAAUACACAUGUCAUGUGUCCAACCGCGCAGGAGAGAUCAACGCUACCUAUAAAGUGGAAGUCAUCCAGCGCACAAAUUCCAAGCCCAUCCUGACGGGCACUCAUCCAGUGAACACUACAGUGGACUACGGUGGCACCACGUCCUUCCAGUGCAAAGUACGCAGUGAUGUCAAGCCGGUCAUCCAGUGGUUAAAGAGGGUGGAACCGGGCGGCGAGGGCAAGUACAACUCUACGAUUGAGGUGGGAGACCAUCACUUCGUUGUGUUGCCCACGGGUGACGUGUGGUCACGACCUGACGGCUCUUAUUUGAACAAACUGCUGAUCACUCGAGCCAAGGAGGAGGACGCCGGCAUGUACAUCUGCCUGGGGGCAAAUACCAUGGGCUACAGCUUCCGCAGCGCCUUUCUCACUGUGCUGCCUGACCCAAAGCCACCGUUCUCCCCGAUCCCAUCAGUUCUGCCCCCCAGCCUCCCCUGGCCUGUCAUCAUCGGCAUCCCCGCAGGAAUAGUCUUCAUUCUCGGCACUGUCCUGCUCUGGUUCUGCCAGUCCAGAAAGCACUGCUCCUCAGGAGCCAUAAUCUCAGCCCAAACGUUACCCAAUGGCCACCGGCAGCCACCCAGAGACCGACCGGCCGAUAAAGACUGCAUCGCCUCAGUCGCCUACGAGGAGUAUCUGGCCCAACAGCAGCAACAGCAGCUCCUGCUGGCUCAAUCGGCUCCUAAAGUCUACCCAAAGAUCUACUCAGACAUUCACACGCACACACACUCGCACGUGGACGGCAAAAUUCACCAGCACCAGCACAUCCACUACCAGUGUUAGCACGGAUUGAGGCCUUCUAGUUCAUCACACACUUUUCUGCAGUCGGCCAAACAGACAUUUCAGCUCAAAAGACACUUUUAACCAAUCCCUCGCUCUCAAUACUGCCAAGACAUUAUGAACAAACGAGGGCAAGGCUAACAAACAAAUGAUAUUUGAGUCUGUUUGGAAACGGAGAAACGUUUCACUUGCUGACACUCUGAAUGGAACAAAAGACAAAUCAGCCCAUUGACUAAUCUCGUGGACGGGGCCAAAAGGACUUUUUCGAUUAGCACCAAAUCUCAGUGAAACGUCGGUUUUGCAUGCAUAUGAAAAUGGUUUGCAGAUAUAUUGAGUUAUGGUUAUAGUUACAGAGCGACCGAAUGCAUGAUGGAGCGUAUGUUCGUGUUGAUUUCGCAGGUAUGUUCUUACCUAGUGUACCUUUCGUAACUAAAGAUAAAGUUAUAUCGUAACUAAAGAUACGAUAAGAUUUUGGCAUUGCAUCGUACGUUCUGGCAAGUGCUUCCUUGUGUUUCUCAUUAAUGUUUUAUUUUCAGGGCCUGCUCUGAAUAACCUGCGGUACCGCAAUCCCAUAGUUCCUCUAUGGCUUUGUUUAGUGUGUGUUUGUUUGGGAGGGGAGAUGUAUUUUCAUAAGCUUGACCACUAUAAUGAAGACUGUGUAAAAUGCCUUUGACUGCUCAUGUAAUGGCUCCCCUUUAAUAUUUACAGAAGUGAGUCAGAGUUUCGAAAACAAACCUUCAAAUGAAACUCGGAUGUAUUGUGCAUUGUUUGCGCAUCGUAAAGGGUCAAUGCUAAGAGGACUGCGGGAGUACAGGAAUGCACUUAACCCAGACAUCUGCUAGCGUGAACUCUUGUUGUUUUUAAGUCAGCCAAAAGAGGAGACCUGGUCUAAAACAGUUAAUUUAUUCGUGAGCAAUGUUUUGAUGCUUUGAAUCGGGCAUUAUCUAGAUGUUUUAAACCAAAUAUGAGUAUACAUAGCAUCGUCUUCCUUUAGCUGCAGUGUAAGCUAUGUAGCAUAUAUCAAGUGUUAAAUAUUUAUAUGUGAUGUUGGAAAAGAAAUAACACAACGGUCGUUAAUUAGUUAUCUCGAUAUGGACAAUCUUGUACAGUUUGGCCUGUUUUUAUGUUUUAAAAUAUAUGUUUGUCACAUUGAAACAUUAAAAUCAUUUUAGCAUUAUCAUAAAAUGAUAAAGCUCUUGUUCACCAGGUA